CGUAAACGUCCACUUCCCAUUUUACUUUUUUGCGACCACAAAAUCGCCGGCAUUUCCAAAGCCGACGGCGCUAUUGCUGCUUCCAACGAGGGGCUUAAUAAUCAACAAAAGACACCAUCCAAUCUACGACAAGCUCACGAUUAGAAGCUAUCUGUGGCAGCUGCCCCCUUCCUCGCACGCCCAUCUGUCACUCCAAGCACCCAUCCAACAUUGCGUUCGAGUCUCCAGACCCGACUAUCAAGCAAGCCGCAGUAUACUUGCGCCAUCUUGCAACCAUGGCAGAAUACUGGAAAUCUACGCCCAAAUACUGGUGCAAACACUGCUCCGUCUUCGUCCGCGACACCCCUCUGGAGCGCAGAAACCAUGAGUCGACCGCCAAGCACCAGGGCGCCAUCAAGCGCUCCCUGCGCGAUCUACACCGGUCCGCAGACCAACAAGAACGAGAAAAAGAGCGAGCGAGAAGGGAAGUUGAGCGGUUGAAUGGGGUCGUUACUGGCUCUGGCUCAACAACACCAAGGGCCAGUGGGAGCGGGAGUGGUGGCGCUGGACCAAAAGGAGGACAUAAACCUGGUGGUGGAGCAGGAGGAGCAGGACCGACGGGUGCUAAUGCUGCUGCUGUUGGAUUAAGCGAAGCGGACAGACAAAGGCAAUUGGAGCAGUUGGCUGAGUUGGGCGUGAAUAUCCCGACGGAGCUGAGGGGGAGUAUGGCGUUGGCGGGGGACUGGGAGGUUACUAAUGUUAGGGUUGUCAAUGAGGAUGCAGAUGGUGCAGCGGCGGGUCAGAAUGCCGGUGCAGGUGGCGCAGGUGUGAUUCCUGUGGGAGCAGAGGGGAGAGCGGUAGGUGUGAAGAGGGAGAGGGAACGGACGGAAGAGGAAAAGGAACAGGAGGAGGCUAUCAAAGGAUUGUUUAAGAGACCGAAGAAGUGGGGGGUGGGAAGCAAGGUGGCGAAGAUGGAGGAGGAUAAGGAGUUGGAAGAGUUGUUGAGUGGGGGGAUUCCACUCAAGAAGGAGGAGAAGGGAACCGUCAAGACGGAGGAGGAGCAGGAUGUCAAGAGGGAAGACGGGGAUGAACAGGACGGGGAGGUGAGUGUUAAGCAAGAGGAGGACGGUGUAGAAGGGGGUGUGAAGAAGGAAGAGAAUGCCGAUGCAGAGGAGGACAACGCCAUUUCCAAGAUCCCGGCUAUCAAGAGCGAGCCCAACGAGGCUCUGUCGGGGAUUGCUGAUGAAGUUGCCCCUCCGCUUGCUACGGGCGAGUCUGAUGUUGCGGCUGCGGCUGCGGACGCGGUUCCGGCUGUGGUGUUCAAGAAGCGGAAACCGAAGAAUGUGCGUCAGAAGUAGGAGGGGUUAUUCUUCAGGAAUAUCUGAAACCUCUCAUGUUGUAUUUUGUCAAUGAUACCCUCUUACAACCCU